AUGGAUUCUAAUUGGGAUUUUAAUGAAGUCUGUGUACCCGAAGACAGGUGCAAUUCAGUUUUUGAUAGCAAUAAUGCAUCCCAUUUUAAUAAUUUCAUUGGGGCAGCGGGUUUACUAGAGUAUCCGAUGGCGGGAAGAAGAUUUACUUUCUUGUCUGGCGAUGGUAAAAAGAUGAGUAAGAUAAAUAGAGCUUUAGUAAACAACGAAUUCAUAUCGAAGUGGCCAAAUGCAACAUUUAGAGCUUUGGAAAGAACAUUAUCAGAUCAUAGUCCGAUCAUAUUAGCCACUGAGACCACAGACUUCGGGCCUAUUUCAUUCAGAUUUUUUAACAGCUGGCUAGAGAUACCGGGGGUGGAAGAGGUGGUUAAAAAGGGCCUGACAUAUCAUGGGAAUGCACUAUUUAAAGAUCAGUUGCUGGGUUAUAAGCUAAAGGGGAUCAAGGAGGAGAUCAAAAUAUGGAGAAAAGCCUUGGCUGAAGAUAGAGGAUUGGAGGAAAAUGAAGUUGAACUUUGGAGAACAAGCAAAAACAAGGUUAGAGAGUGGUUCAGGAGGAAAGCCAAGGAUAUCCAGCAGAAAGCAAGGAGCAGGUGGAUAUUAGAUGGGGAUGAAAAUUCUAGAUACUUCCACACAAUUGUCAACUGCAACAUAGCAAGGAAUAAAUUAAACGGGCUAUGGAUCGACGGAAAUUGGAUUACCUGUCCAUUGGUUAUUAUGAAACACAUCCAAGAAAAUAUGAAAACGAAAUUUUUGGAACCUGUGGAAUCAAGGGCGAGAAUACCAUCGGAUGGUUUUUCGAAGAUUUCGGAGACAGAGGCAAAACAGUUAAUUGCUAAGUUCUCUAGAGAGGAAAUAAAGAAGGCUGUAUGGGAUUGUGGAUCGGAUAAGGCUCCGGGGCCCGAUGGUAUUACUUUUGCGGUAAUUAAAAAAUUCUAG